GACAGUAGGCUUAUCUUAUAUGUAGCCACUGCAAACAUCUCUGCACAGGAACACGUGUGAGUGCAUCUCUUUGUAAUCCUGAGUAACCUGGCACAUUAAAAGACGGAUCCUUCCCAUGUCAGCAUUUGGGAAUUAUGCUUUGGAGUCUGUCAAAGCUUUAAAAAGUGCAGCGAGGGGUCUCUCUCUCUGGAUGACAAAGUUUGUUUUAGAGGGGUGAGACCAGCAGCCAGCUCUAAUGUCUCUCCAUGAGUUUCUUCGGGAGGGCGGUGAGGCAUCGUUCCGGAUCAUGAACCGCCUCAGUCAUCUUAUGCAGAACUUGGAAUUCUCUGGACUGGGCUCGGCUUUCCCUUUCAGCCCUGCCAGCCGCAAGAACUCCUGGAGAGCCUGGGAUGAUGAGAUCAUGCAGCUGGACAGCUGUCCUCUCCGCGCUGCUGACAUCACUCCUGACCUCCAAAAGAAGUUUGCCUUCCUUUCAGGAGGAAGAGGAGAUAAUGGCAGCCCCAUCAUUGUGUUCCCAGAAUUCCCUGCAUUUGGGGAGAUCACAGACAGGGAGUUUCACAACGUGUUGACCUACCUGACAAGCGUCCCAAGCUUGUCGUCAACAGGCGUGGGGUUCAUCCUGGUGAUUGAUCGCCGGCAAGACCGAUGGGCAGCUGUAAAGGGGACCCUGCUUCGUAUUGCAGGCUCCUUCCCAGGGAACCUCCAGCUGGUUCUGGUUCUGAGGCCCACUACUCUUCUGCAACGCACACUCUCCGACAUCCUCUUCAAGUUCAACAAGGAUGAGUUCAAGAUGAAGGUGCCGGUGAUUAUGUUGAGCUCUAUAACUGAGCUGCACUCUUAUAUUGAUCGCACCCAACUGACUCAGGAGCUCGGGGGAACACAGGAGUACUGCCAUGAGAAGUGGAUCUCUCACCGCACAGAAUAUUGUUUCAAAUUGCUGUCUCAGCUGGAUGAGACAGAACGAGCUUUUGAUGAGUUCUGGGUGAGACAUCAAACCAAACUAGAGCAGUGUCUUCAACUGCGCCACUUUGAGCAUAACUACCGAGAGGUGAGGGCUCUGCUGGAUCAGGUGUCUGAGAAACUUGCAACCUUCGCUGAGGUUGGGAUCAGUCCAGCCCAUGCUGACCACAUCUUCAUUGAGCUCACGACCUACGAGGAGAAAGUCUGUGAGGUUCUGGUCAGAACUGCAGCCUUGUCCCAGGAGGGUGAUGAACUGAUCCAGAAGUCCCACUAUGCUGAGGACUCCAUUCAGCCCAAAUGCAGUGAGCUUAGAACAAUCAGUGAAAUUGUGAACAACAAUCUGAGAGCCAAGAAGGAACAUCUCCUCAAAGCCAGGGAGCUACACCACCGGCUGGAGCGGGCAUCAAAGUGGGUUGAUGAUGGCAUAUACCUGCUGGCUUCUCAGCCGGUUGAUAAAUGUCAGUCACAUGAGGGCGCAGAGUUGGCCCUGCAGGAGCUGGAACGUUACCUGGAUAAUGCAGGCGAGAAUCAGCUGACAGACCUCAGCACCAUCUGGAAAGACUACGAGGCUGUGCUGAACCAGCAGUUCAGGGACCAAGUGGAGAAAGUUUUCCAGAAGCAGGCGUCCAUGCAGGAGAUGUUUGACAAGAGGAGAGUCAGCCUCAAGAAGCUAGCAGCUAAACAAACCAGGCCUGUGCAGCCAGUAGCCCCGAGACCCGAAGCCUUCAUCAAAUCCCCUCUCAGCUCACCUGCACGCAGAGCAAAGCUGGAGAAGAAAUGCUCAGAGACAGACUCCGGCAACUGUGAAAAAGGAAAUGGCCAACUGAAGAAUGAAUACAGUAGCAGCAGACAUACCUCUCUGUCAGAGGAGGAGGAGAACCUGGCAGUGCUCAGGCGACAUGUUAUGAACGAGCUGCUGGAAACUGAGAGGGCUUACGUGGAGGAGCUGCUCUGUGUCUUACAGGGAUACGCCUCUGAGAUGGAUAAUCCAGCAAUGUCUCACCUUAUCCCUGCGCCUUUGCAGAACAAAAAGGAGGUUUUGUUUGGCAACAUGCCGGAAAUUUACCACUUCCACAAAAGAACUUUUCUGAGGGAGUUGGAGCAGUACACAGACUGCCCAGAGUUGGUUGGUAGAUGCUUCUUAGAGAGGAUGACAGACCUGCAGAUCUAUGAGAAGUACUGUCACAACAAACCUCGCUCUGAGAGCCUGUGGAGGCAGUGCUCAGACUGCGCCUUCUUCCAGGAAUGCCAGAAAAAGCUGGAGCAUAAACUGGGUUUAGAUUCAUAUCUCCUGAAGCCGGUUCAGAGGAUAACCAAGUACCAGCUGCUACUGAAGGAAAUGCUGAAGUACAGUAAGGGCUGUGAAGGGGCUGACGACCUGCAGGAUGCGCUUACCUCCAUCGUGGGGAUCCUCAAGGCUGUCAAUGACUCCAUGCACCUUAUCGCCAUUACAGGAUUUGAGGGUAAUCUGAGUGAGCUGGGUAAACUGCUUAUGCAAGGGUCAUUCAGUGUGUGGACCGAGCACAAGAAAGGCCAUGCCAAGGUUAAGGAUCUGGCCCGUUUCAAGCCCAUGCAGAGACACCUCUUCCUCCACGAGAAGGCCCUGCUCUUCUGCAAGAGGAGAGAGGAGAACGGGGAAGGUUAUGAGAAAGCUCCUUCAUACAGCUUCAAGCAGUCCCUGAAUAUGAGAGCCGUGGGCAUCACUGAGAAUGCAAAAGGAGACAACAAAAAGUUUGAAAUUUGGUGCAACUCCAGAGAAGAAGUCUAUAUUGUUCAGGCACCAACGGCUGAAGUCAAAACCACUUGGGUAAAUGAGAUCAGGAAGGUCCUGACGACCCAGCUGGAGGAAUGCAGAGAAGCAAGCCAGCAGAGGGCACCAGAUCAGGCCACCCAUGCUCCACCUGUUCCCACUGGAACCGUAAGUCUCAGCCCAUUCAAGACAGGCCAGAAGAGCAUUAAAAAGGGAGAAGAGAAGAAAGCUGAGUCCUGCAGUCCUGAUGUCAAUUCCUCCUCUUCUGUAAAGGCUGCAGGGAAAGAUGAGGGUGUGACAAGCCCGACCUCAGACAGAGCUGCUGUGGCUAAAAAGCGCUUUACUUUACAGGGCUUCAGUAACCUCAAAGCUCAGAAAGGAUCUCCCACCAGCCCAGAUCACAAGACGAAACGCCAGAGUGAUCCCACACCAUUUGGCUUUAAAGAUGCAGGUCCUCCAGCCCUCCACCUGACCAGAGCCAGGUGGUUCAGCACCUCUAGUCUCUUACAGACAAAGUGGAGAGGCUGGAAUAAAGCCUCCCUGUCACUCGAUGCCUCAGGGGAACAUGACGGCUACUCCAGCGCUGAAGAUCCUCUUAACUCUGACCCAGAAGACGAAAAUGGCAAGAAGCUGUGUGCUGGAAAAUACACUGUGACGGCUGAGUGUGAGAUCGGUGGCACUCAAGAGCUCUCUGUGAAGAGCGGAGAUGUAGUGCAGCUGGUCAAGGAGGGGGACGAUGGACAGUGGCUUGUGCGUAACUUAAACACAUCUAAGGAGGGUUGGAUUCCUGCUGCUAAUCUUAUCAACCUCAUUGGAAAAUCAAAGUCUUGUCAGUCUCUCACCAGCUCAGAAGGCAGUGGCUCUGGGAACCUCAGCACAUCAUCUAGCUGCAGUGAGACCUACACGAGCUUCUCUGAUAUCAAACCCUGAAAUACUCUGCACUUUCUUCAUCAUCAAACUGCCAUCAUUCCUAUAUCAUGUGGCUAUCUGUACUGUUUUGCCAGCAUCUGUAAUCAUGAAUUUUGUCAAUUUUCCACAGAAAACAGAAGUUACAAAGGUAACUAUAGUUUUAUGAAUUCUGGGAUCACUACUGGUGGCAGUAAACAAAAUGUCUCCUCAUAGUCUGCACAUGUUGAAAUCUUAUAUAAACAAACUCAUAUGCAUGAUGUAUAGGCUACCUGUGCAUAUGUGCUGUAAAUAACUUGGUAGGCUACAUAUGAGCUCUAUGAAACUUCUCAUGCUGAUAUUUUCCAAGUGACCAGCAUGACUGGCAAUCAUCUUGGGUUUCACAGAACCACAGUCAUCAAACUUCUGUACUGUUUUACUUCUUCCUUACUGCCAGUGGCAGUAAACAAAGUGGAUGACUUAAAGCAGCAUCAAGAGGAACAGACAUCUUCUAGUCAACCAGUGGCUGGUAACAUGAAUCCACAGGCUGACAGAACCUCACAAAUGUACACGGUGUUCCCCAAGAUGCCGCUGCACAGAUUAUGCACAGAUGGAACACCCCACAUUGCUCUCCAGGAGGUGGCCGCACCCCUGCUUCAGGUGACAGAUGACACCUGAAGAAGGCAGGCACACCUGCUAUUCCAUAUGCCUGUUUCAUCCAGUUUACAGCUCAGUGUGAAUGCCCCGGUAUGAACACAUCUUUUUACUUGUUCUUUUCAUUAUAAGAAAUCAAAGACAGGUCCCAUGUUGCAGUGCCCCCCAUGUCCCAAUGUUCAAGGUCCUAGCACACCUGCCAUAAUAGGAAAAGACCAGAGCUUCAGCUCUUCCAAAAAGCUCUUCUUCUGAGUUGCCAAUAGCAAAUACAAACCAGCCACACCUUUAAGAGGGCAAAGACUACGCUCUGACAAUGACAGUCUGAAUGUCAACCUCCUACCCCAAGGGAUGCUUACCUCCCCGACAUAGAUUAUAGAUAAUUAAUUAUCAACCUAAAGAACAAUUAACCAAGAAAAAACACCGGGCUGACAGCAUGAAAAUCAACGGGGCUGGGCUACCAGGGGGUAUUUCCAUCACAUUUUAGCAUAUAGGAUCUCACCCUGUGUGGCAUAUGAGGAGACAUAUUUGCUGUGUUUUCCUGCCAUUGGCAGUCAUGAGUUAAUGAAACAAAACUGCAUUUUUAUUUCAUUUUUCUAGCCUCUCAAAUAAACUGCACAUUGAGAAUGUUAUACAUUUACUGUGAAGGAAAAGAACACAUGCAUAUGGUAAUUUCACUGUAUUGAUCUGUCAUGGAGACAGAAGAUCCACAUGCUGAUAAUGUAAUAGAUGUAUGAAUGGGCCAGCAGGACUGAUCUCAGCGAAUGCAUCUAUUUAUGCUCACACUAAAAGCGGGGAGAGGUUAGUGGACAACAGCUGUCUUUGUGUUCACAUGCACUAAUUUCUUCAGGAGUUCAUAUUUUAACUCUGAAUGAGAAAGAGGGCAAUGUCCACUUUCUUUAGCUUGAAUGAAUUUUUCCCGCCUCUCUGUCCACUUUUUAAAAAAAUGUUUAUUUAUUUGUAUGAAGCACCCACAGAUAUUCAUCCACUCUUUAAUUUUAUUGUUGUCUGUUACUCUCCUCCUGUCUGCUGUCAGUCUGUCAUUAGAAACCUGUUCUGUCACCAGCUCUCCAGUUUGUGUGUGUGAGCUUUUGUCCUUUUGCUUUUGUCUCUGAUAGCCUGGUCAAACUCUUUGUGCAUUUUCAUAUAUGCUACAGUUUUACAAAUGUAUCCAUGUGAAUAAUGGGAGGUCACUGUAUAGGCUAACUUAUUCCCAGCAGAGGGAAAAUGUUUGGAAUGUAGAUAUUGUUUAUUAAUAUGUGUCUGUCAUGAUAUGUUUGUUAAAGGAGAUGCUAUAUUGUACAUUAAGUAUGGUGUCACUGCUUUGUGACUUGUCCAGUUUUGGUUUUUUUUUUUUACAUAAAUGACUUGUGACAAUUCA